AUGACUAAUUUGGCGAAUAUUAUACAAGUUAACACUGCUGUGACUAUGCAAGCCAUGGAAAUGAUGGGUCAACCGGCGGGAAACGGUAAUGGAAAUAGGAACGAAAAUGGGAAAGGAGACCGUAAUAACUUGGGAGGUGCUUCAACGACCUUGACUUCAUUUCUCAAGGUUCAUCCACCGACUUUUAAAGGUUCGACCAACCCUACUGAAGCAGACAAUUGGUUCCAAGCCAUGGAGCGUGCGUUACAAGCUCAGCAUGUUCCGAACAACCAAUUUGUGGAGUUUGCAGCAUACCAACUUUUAGGAGAGGCUCAGCACUGGUGGGAAGCGAGGGAGUUGGAGCUUAUGCAGUUGAAGAAGGGCUCAUUGUCUGUAGCCGAUUACACUAGUCGGUUUGAGGAGCUUUGUAAGUUCUCUAGGGUAUGUCAAGGUGCCCCGGAGUCCUAUGAGAUCUGGAAAUGUAUCAAGUACCAAAGAGGUUUGAGGGACAACAUUAUGACGGUUGUGGCUCCUUUGGAGAUUCAGAUAUUUUUCGAACUUCUGAACAAGGCCCAAAUGGUCGAAGAGUGUGCUAAGAAGGUAGAAUUGACGGUUGUGACUAGAUCAGGUUGUAGGAAAGUGUAUUUCAGGAUUGAGGAUAGAAACUUUGUUCAUGAUUUGAUUUCUUUGCCAAUGGUAGUGUUGGAAAUGAUUUUGGAGUUUGAUUGGUUGUCAAAGAAUCGGAUAAGGGUGAAGGAAGAUUACAUUCUAAAAACUGCGUUUUGGACGCGCUCUAGGCACUACGAGUUCACAGUGAUGUCCUUUGGGUUGACGAAUGCACUUGCUGUGUUCGUGGAUUACAUGAAUAGAGUAUUUCGUCCCUUUUUAGAUAAGUUUGUGGUAGUGUUCAUAGAUGACAUUUUGGUUUAUUCUAAGAUGGCGAAGGAGCACGAAGAACACUUGAACAUUGUGCUACAAGUUCUGAAGGAGCGGAAAUUGUAUGCUAAGUUGUCUAAAUGUGAAUUCUGGAAUGAAGAAGUGAAGUUCUUAGGUCACGUGGUGAGUAAAGGAGGGAUAGCAGUGGAUCCUUCGAAAGUUGAGGUGGUGAUGGAAUGGGAGAGACCGACGUUAGUGACUGAGAAAGAAACACCGUUUGUGUGGACAGUGGAGUGUGAGGAGAGCUUUCAAGCUUUAAAGGAGAAAUUAACUUCAGCGCCUAUUUUGAUCUUACCGAAACCGCACGAGCCGUUUGAAGUGUACUGUGAUGAUUCGUUGAAAGGUUUGGGUUGCAUGUUGAUGCAACAUCGGAAUGUAGUAGCUUUUGCAUUGCGCCAGCUGAGACCAUAUGAGGUGAAUUACCUAACUCAUGACUUUGAAUUAGUGGCGAUUGUGUUUGCAUUGAAGAUUUGA